CAGCCCUUGACUCGGCGACGCUGCAGCAGCAGCUCAUCAUGCAAGUCAAGCAUACCGGUCGGCGUCCUCUUAAACCUUGGCGAGUUCGGCGCGUGCGGACUGCAAGUGGCCCGUUCCACUGGACGAAUCCCCAAUCUCCCAGACCUGGUUUUAUGUGGUUCGCGGUCCGCUCGAAGUCCGAUCCUUCGUCCAUACCACAAGUGGCACCAAAGCCGGGGAAACUGGGCAAGAAUCUGCCAUUGAAGUCUAGCAUGAAGAGGAAGGCGAAGAGUGCUACCACCACACCUCCGAGUGAGAUUCACACAGAUUCCAGCACUCUCACGGAUGAGCAAAAACUGCGGCGAGUAAAGACGGUGGACUUCGAAGAAACCACGUCGAAGGGACUCUCUUCUCUACCUCCCCUGAAGCUUUGGUCAAGCGAGCCCACUAGCGAUGCAGCAGACGGAGAACAGCGGCCGCGAACUCGAACGCCCAAGGCUUAUGUUGAGCCAGUCAAGGCGGCGAAGCGAGCCCCGUCAUGUCCUGGCCCGAUGGUCAAGAGCAGCUUGGCAGAUCCGGCAGUUACAAGGACCGAUGUGCAUGUGGUCGCCAUUGCCCCAUCCUGGAGCUUCGACGACACCGCGGAUGAAGGAGGUAUCGAUCCUGCUACUCCAACUAUGCAGAUUGUGGAAUCCAAGAACGGCUGCUAUGAAGUCAUAUGGGAUGACGUACCGGAGGAACACGACAUCAGGCUCCAUCGACGGAGCUCUUCAGCAAGCCAAGCCCUCCAUACCUUCGGCUCAACGGCAUCGCGAGGUUUGGAGCGAGUCAACACGAAGCUUACUGAGUGGACAUGGGGUCGUGAAGGACCAACGCAACCAUUCAAGCCUCAGAUCGUGGUAUUUCCGGACGACGAUGACCGUUCUCCUCAGCCCCCUCAACCUGAUUGCGCUGUUGACGAUAGCGGAGAUCUCGUGAUAGUCCCGCCGCCAAAUAGCGCAAUGACAAGUACGAACCCAUCUCGUCACACCUCCCGCCCAGUCAGCACGCGCACAUCUAGAGAAGGCUCUUAUGACGACCCAGUUCAGACGGCCGCGCCCAACAUUAAUCAUCCCCACGAUAAAAGAUAUUCAAAAAUCGAACCAAUACUACGCACGUCAGCGAUUCCAGACCCUGAUGCAACAAUGAGAACCCUUACGGGAGUCGGUCGGAGAGUCAAAGGGCCACCUGCUGACCGCCGGCUAUCAAACAUGGAUGAGUCCGAGAUGAGAUUUCGUGGCCAUCGGGACUCAGUAACCAUUGCUCGAACCCGGAUGUUCGAUGUUGGCGGCAUCUCUCCUGAGCUUUUCAUGCACAGAGACUCUGUCGCUAUAGCAAAGAAGCGGAUGCAUGGAAGGAGCCACGCCGUAUCUGAUGUAAGAGACAUUCUCCGCUCGAAAGUCAAGAGGUCUGAGCUGUUGUCGACAAUUGAAGAUGUGCCUCAGCAGUCACGAUCGCCAUCGCCAAUCCCUGCCAAAGAAUACGCAACCAAGGCUCUCAAGAGUAGCGGCUCGGCCUCGACGCUCCAUCUACAUGCUCCAACAACUCAACGGCACAUUCGAAUCGCGGAUUGAGGUCAGGUGACUGGAUGGCUCAAGAUUCGGCAAGCAACUACAUGCGGCUGGAGCUGGAGGUUGACUGAGAAGACUGCAUGCUUAUUGGAGUAUCGUUAGCCUCCGUUUAGGAGUGGAAUAUUGUCCGGGAAGCGGACGGACGAACGAUUAGAUGAGGG